UAUAUUUAAGAGACAGAGUGAGUGACUAUAAAGAGAAGCAAUGACACCAAUUCUAAUUCCCCCUCACUUUUGGGUUCUCAGUGAUUGCUGACUCCUUAUUUUUCUUUACUUUCCUUUGUCUGCCUAAUAUUAUUAUUCUGUGUUCUUGUUCAUUUUUGAGUUGCUGUAUUCAUGGAAGGGCAACAGCAACAAUCAGGCAGCAAGUCUAGGUUCAGACGCAUCUGUGUUUACUGCGGUAGCAGCCCUGGCAAAAGCCCCAGCUACCAGCUCGCUGCUGUUCAACUCGGAAAACAAUUGGUGGAGAGGAAGAUUGACUUGGUGUAUGGAGGAGGAAGCAUAGGCUUGAUGGGUCUAAUCUCACAAGUUGUAUACGAUGGUGGACGCCACGUGUUAGGGGUCAUUCCAAACACGCUUAAUGCAAGAGAGAUCACCGGCGAGAGUGUAGGAGAAGUCAGAGCUGUAUCCGGCAUGCACCAACGCAAAGCAGAGAUGGCCCGACAGGCCGAUGCAUUCAUUGCACUGCCAGGUGGAUAUGGCACCCUUGAAGAACUACUGGAAAUUAUCACCUGGGCUCAGUUAGGUAUCCAUGAUAAACCGGUGGGGUUGUUGAACGUGGAUGGGUACUACAACUCGCUGCUGGCAUUCAUGGACAAAGCUGUGGACGAAGGUUUCGUAACACCUGCUGCCCGUCACAUUAUUGUUUCUGCCCAAACUGCCCAAGACCUCAUGUGCAAACUUGAGGAAUAUGUCCCCGAGCACUGUGGCGUGGCCCCCAAGCUAAGUUGGGAGAUGGAGCAACAGUUAGUUAACACUGCAAAGUCAGAUAUUUCCCGUUGACUGAAAAAUAGAACAACGACAACACACUAAUGCAGCACGAAGGUUGAUGUUAAUUAAAUUUAGUGUAUAAGUAUAACCUCAGCUAAAAUGUUCCACAAAAUAGGUUUUUAGUUCAGCUGUGGAUUUGUAAUUCCAGAUUUUCACUCUGUUGAUUGUUUGGCUUUAACGCCUCAGACCACUAUGUAUUUUUAUUUCUUAGCUACCAACUAAUUGUGCAUUAGAAUUUGACUUCGAUGCUCCAACAACAUAUAUAAAUACAUAUCGUGUCGGUGAUUGAUUUGUAA